CGCGUGCGCGGGCGCACAGAAACAUAGCUAUGCAGCCUUGAAUAUGCUUUGCGCACUUCUCCUCAUAACUUGGCUGAAAUCUACCCAUUCCAUUGGAGAAAAAGCACACCAAGCAUGCAGGAACUAUGGACAGAGCAUGCUGGAAUGCCACAACGUUCUCUUUCCGAUGUCCCGUGUGAGAGUUCCCAUAGACUUUCUCCUAUACCCUCAUAUGGUGUUGAUAGGAUUUCGCCACAACAUCAAUGAUAUACCCGCUUGGAAGUGCGGAGGGACAUUGAUCAGUGAGAAAUGGGUGCUGACAGCAGCACAUUGCAGAGAAGAUCCGAACAGUGGAAAAGCCAGCAUCAUGAGAGUCGGAACUGCUACGUUCGAGUUUGAUGAAAUCGACGAAAUGGCUCAAGAGAGGGACGUCGCUGAAAUCAUUUGCCAUCCGGAAUACAAACCACCGUCGAAAUACAACGAUAUUGCCCUAAUGAGGGCCGAACCGAACUUCAUUCUAAGCAGAGACAUAAGAAUUGCUUGUCUAGAAACCCGAAAUGAUGUCAAAUACAAACGUUUAACAGCUAUUGGGUUUGGAGUGACCAUGUCUGGUGGUAGAUCUGGAAGUCAGACGCUGAUGAAGGUGGACGUGGAUAUCGUUGACAAUGUCACCUGUAAUAUGACCAUGAGGUUCAUGAUUAAAAGGAAGAUCCUGGCUCAGGGGAUAGUGGAAGACCAGCUGUGUGCGGGAGACUACGAGAAUGGGGGCAGAGACACCUGUCAAGGGGAUUCAGGGGGACCUUUGCAGGUGAUGGAGGAUAGAGCUAAUUGUGUUAAGACUUUCCCCCUCCACAAAGUGGUGGGGGUGACGUCAUUUGGGAGGGAUUGUGGGAGGAAAAUGGCGCCGGGGGUGUAUACGAGAGUGUCGAGGUACAUCGAGUGGAUCGAACAAAUCGCGUGGCCAUAGGAUAUGGAUAUAUUUUAGUGUUAAGGCAGUAGACUAGGUACAUAGUUACAGAAAUAAAUUGUGUCUAAUAUUCGCUGGAUUUUAUGCGUGUAAUAAAAAAUAAUUUUUCCUUAUCAGUGAAAACAGUAUACGGAAUUUAUUACUUUUUAACUCUUA